GCAAAACUUGAGCAAUUGAAAUAUUGACAUGAACUAUAUAGUCAAUCACGGAGUCGACCUUCAAGUAUAAGGAAGCCUGCUUAGUUAAAUGGUGAAACUCUAAUCAUCCUUAAUUUGACCAGCUCCAAUCGACCAUCACUUCACAAUUCAGUCACCAGCCACCAGAGCGAAAAGCUGUGUCGGUAAAUCUCGUCUAUGCUAUUCUACUUAAACGUAUUGUUGGUUGCUAUCGUUUUGUUAGCAUGCGUCGACAGCGCCUCUGACAAUGCGGCCUCGACAGCCACAAAGUGUUUUCCCGUUGCUAACAAAAGCUUUCUUCCCACAAGGAGGUUCUUGAGAGCCUACGCUACAGUACACAAGGACAGUGAAGAGAGAGUUAAUGUUGGAAACUUCGCUCUCCAGGAAGGUGUGUCGAAGCUCGCCGAGUCCGCUCGCCUGAAGAAAUUCUUGCUUAAGAAAAAGACUGGCGUCGAAGUUCUGAAUAGCUUAAAAAUUGGAGAUGACAUCGCGGCUGCCUUGGAAAGCUCGAGGCUGGGGACUUUGACUAAAUACAUUGCGAAGUUCAACAAGAAAAACCCGGACAAGACAAUCUCAUUGAUUGAAACUCUCACAACGCGCUACGGAGGUAGUGCUGUGGAGAAAGCGCUAGCGUCUGUGGAAAGAAGUACGGAUUCGUCACCGAAGGUGGUGGAUCUUGUAAAGCAGCUUCGAUCUGAGCAACUCACUUUCUGGCUACACAGCGAUAACUCCGUCGAUGAUGUUUUCAAGCUACUCAAUAGCGCAUACGCCGGCCCUGAAUUCUUUGCUAGUCCACUGUUUCGAAUACUGGAUGACUACAUCGCCAAAUUUAACAGCGAGAAGCAAGGUCAGGAGACUUUGAUCAAGACGUUGACGAGGGGUUUUCGUGGCGAAAGCAACUUCGUAUGGUUAUUAGCAGGUGCGAAACAACAAACACACGACCUCCGCAUAGUGAAUAAGGCCCAGGAACUGGAGGAGGGGCUGAUCAGGCAGUGGAGACACGAAAAAGUCGAACCUGUAGCAAUCAUGAAGGUACUAAAGCUGGACAACGGUGCGGAGAAUGCACUUAGGAGUGAAAACCUGGAAAUGUUCGACAAGUACAUCACUCUGCUUAGCAAGAACAGCCAGCACAAUGAAGUGACAUUGCUUGGAAUUCUCACGUCGAAGUACGGGGAAGCUAAUGUGGCAAAGGCGAUCGCACCUGCGCUAAGGCGUGAAAAAGCGAAUACGGAACUUAUCGCGGCAAGACUGCAGCAGCAACAGUUGAAAGGAUGGCUGGAAAAUGGCAUGUCUCCGGACGAUGUUUUCAAGCUACUGUGGUUGUAUAAUGGCAAAAGACUCGUUAUUGCACAGCAAUGGGACAUGCUGGACACGCUGGACGAGUUCAUCAUGUUAUACAACCGCUACAACCGUGCCAAACCAUCAGACCAGACUUCUUUAGUACGCGUACUAGCGAAUAGUUACGGCGAAAGUAAGUUGGCAAAGCUGCUUGUGACAAGAUUGGAAGCUCCGCUAUUUAUGAGCAAAGCUGCAAAGCUGCAGAAGGCGCAGUUUAGGGAAUGGAUGGACGAAGGAUUAGAGCCAGCUAGCAUCCUCAGCAAGAUAUUCAAGGUGACUGAGGCCGAUGCUUCUAACACGCAGAAAUUAGUGGCAAGUCAUUUCAAGCGCUUCUACGACACGAAAAAUGCCGCACAGCCGACGUUUACGGAUCCGAGACGUUCUUAGUAUAAUAUAUUUGAUUGGAUCCAGCAGAAGGAACUUGUGAAUUAACGGUAGUAAGGUUGAAUUUCCCAAGUAUAAUACACUCUGCAUCUUGUGCG